AUGGUUGCCAACUCGACAUUGUUGAAAGAGCCAUCUGAGUACCAACAAAGUCGUGCGCGGCUGCGUCGCGCGAUUUGCCGGGCCAUCUUCUGGCUCAUCCUCAAUCUCUUUUUUCUAGCAGGGCAUAUCUACAUCCUGUACGGCAUCUACUGCAGAUACCAGAGUUGGAACCAAUUGAGCAGUUCCGACAAGCGGUGGAUUUUCCAGCCGUUCUUUACAUCGACUAUAGUGCUUCUCUAUCUCGCAAGCGCCAUUUUCGAUGUGAUGGAUAUCAGAGAGAAAAUAUUACGUCAAGCUUCAGCAGAACACUCGUAG